GCUGACACAUCGCUCCCACACGAAAAAAACGCAAUCGGCGUAUUUAAGCCCUGCGUCGGCCCUCCUCCCUCUUUUGGAAACCCAACCUCGUCGUCGUUCUCCACUCCAGACCCGUGACGGUUCUCUCGCUCGCCUCGACCGACUUUCGUACUCAGCGCCGUACGUAUCGUAUCACUGCCGUCCUCUCUGCCGAUCGCCGCCGUGUCGGGCACUGCCGCCUCGCUCGCCCUCGCCUCCUCCCCUUGUACUCGGUGAUGGUCCAUCCAUCGCUGGAUUGCAUGCUUCCGUGAUCAUGCUUCCCCGCGACCGUCCCGCUUCUGCCUCUCCUCGUCCUCUUGCUCCCGAUAAUCACUGUCGAAUGAUCGGCCGGCUCCAUCCUCGCUUUUUUCACUCUCUCGCCUUUUGGCAUGAUCUUGCUCGGCCGGCGUCUGUUCUCCCACGAGCUUUCCUCCCAACCUCGCUCUCGCCAUUCGCCCUCCGUUACGUAAUUUCUGUUUUCUUGGCACUGGCAACCUUUCCCUCUCCCGAUCCCACGCCGUCGCCGAUCCCAGCAUCUCGAAGAAAUCAGCCGAUGCUCUGACCGACCGGCGAUUUGCUUGGCCCGACUACAAUCUCUCCUUUGUGUUGUCAGUUGCUGCCCUCCCUCUCCUUGGCGUGUGUGGUCCCGCUCGCCGUGGUCCCCAGGCUACUGAUCGAUGCGCACAUACCCUGUUGUGUCCUCAUGUUUCCUGUGUUGCCUCGCUCGCGAGGAUUCGUCUGCUCGACUGGCAUGCUGACUCGCAUUCCUCCAUCGGCCC